AUGGCUGAACCACCGGUUGCGCCUAAUGGAAGGAGUACCGCUCAGGAAUAUGGUGUGCCAGAAACAGGAGCAGCUUUGAAAUCAAGCAUCCUUGCAUCAUCUUAUCCAUCAGCUAGAUCACGAUCCCGGGAAUACGAUGCACCAUCAUUUCGUACCGCCAUGCCCUCGCCGCAGUACGGGGCUUCAAGAAACCUCGACGAAUACUCUGAUCAGAGCUACGAGAGCUAUGCAAGAAAUUAUUUAGAAUUGCUUAAUCAGAAGUGGAAUAUGGGUACAAUGCACUACAACUACGGCAAAAUAUGGAAACCUAGGCCCUACAUUAACGGGUUAGGCAGAAAGAAGCUCAGGAAAGUAGCAGAAGGAACCCCUGAGUCAGCGAACCAGAACUACGUGGCGUCGUGGGUGGUCUCUUACGGGGACGUUACUAAGAAAGAGCGACUACAAUUGACACCACACGAUAGCAGACGAGCUUCAGGGGCUACUACAUGGUUCAACAAAGGAACUCCUUCAAGCUUUGUUAUGAGACCUUCAACAUCAAAUUUUGUUAAAUAA